AUGGCAGACGUUCUUGCUACUCCCAUGCCGAAGCCAUGGAUUGGUUACCCGGAGUAUACACAUGAACCGGGCGACCUAAUAUCUGAUUACUCGUCGGACUUCCUUGGGAGUUCAGAUCGCUUUGUAAAACAAUCUCCGUCUCACCAUACCGAUUGGUACUCAGUCUUCUGCCCCUCCACAUCAAAUUCCCCUCUGGAGUUUCAUUUGCUCUCUUCCCCAUCACUCCAAACACAACAGCGUCCCCGAAAGCCUUCUAAAGCCAUGCUGAACCAACAGCAUCGUUUGCCGGGACAUCCAGCGCCUCUCAUGGAGAACAGGCGCUAUACGCCCCUCCGAGCGGAAGGCCCUCGCACUUCUGUGUAUUCACAGAGUGUGUCUCCAUUCGGGACACAGCUGGACCUCAACAGUGCCCUUUCGAGCACUGGAAGCACUUACUAUGAAUCUGAUCUUGACUCACUUGACCACUGCAACAAGCCCUUCACCACACGCAAUGUGGAAACACAUGCUGGGCUAGUUCAUCCAGCACCGCGGAGCAACAUGUUCACGGUUGCUAGCAGUCCGUUUCGCUUGGGCACUGAAGAAGUGCCUUCUCUUUCACCAUUUGCGGUCUCAGAUACCCCACGGGAUGAAAAUGUUUUUUCCAACUCUCAAUUCAAUGUCCCAAACCCGAACAUCGCCAACUAUCCCAUGACUUCGCCCCUCAACCAUUACCCAGACAACAACGCACAUCUCGUGCCUUCAUCCAUCCAGCGUCCAGAUUCAAGGCUGGGAAAUUGGAAUGGGUAUCUCACAUGGUGUGACGGCGCUUCAUUUGACGAUGAUGAUAUCUGGUAUCCUACUUCUGCCCCUGGUUGUUCAUCAGAGGAUAGCGGCUGGGGAACCCGCAACGGCUACAGUACACCUUGGCCACUCUCCACUGCAUACACCGGUCCAAACGAAUACAGUCAACUUGCACCCCAUGACUAUGGACCGAGUCGUGGACUCCCUAUGCCUCCUUUUGAGCCUAUGGCUGUGGCCCGAUCUGUGCCUACCGUGCCCACCGUCCCCAUGAGCCACAUCUCCCAAUUUCCAGUUUGCGAACCCUACGUUCCCUCCAUUGAAGUGCGUCAGUAUCAACCCGAACCACACUCAAUGUACCAGGCAAGACCGCCGACGGCUUCCCCUGACCAGAAAUCACCAAAAAGCCUCAGUUCAUCCUUCUCUGCCUCAACCAACGAAGAGGAACAAUCCCCACAGCAGAGCGGAGAAGAUCAAGCCAGCAUUGAAACUGGAUUACACUACACCGAUGAGCGGAACACAUUCCUUAUCGAUUGCAAGCGCCGUGGACUUUCAUACAAGGACAUCAAGCGAGUUGGUGGAUUCAAGGAAGCGGAGUCUACAUUGCGAGGCCGAUACCGCACCCUCACUAAGUCUAAAGACCAACGAGUGCGAAAGCCUAGAUGGCAGGAAAAGGAUAUCCGACUCCUUUGCCUAGCCGUCACCAUCCACACUGAAGAACACGAUGCUUACAGCUCACUGGCUGACCACGGAAUCAACAUGAAUCAGCCACCUAAGGUAUCUUGGAAGAAGGUUGCCGAGCAUAUUUGGGCGAAUGGUGGAUCUUAUCACUUUGGCAAUGCUACUUGCAAGAAGAAGUGGUGCGAGAUUCAUCACAUCAUGCUUUGA